AUGGGUGUUAGCAAGACCACUAUCAAGAGCGGCUCCGGCGUCCAGCCCAAGCCUGGACAGACCGUUGUCAUCGAGUACACGGGCUGGUUGAAGGACACCAGCAAGCCCGACAACAAGGGUAACAAGUUUGACUCCUCUGUCGGCCGCGGUGACUUUGAGGUCAAGAUUGGUGUUGGCCAGGUUAUUCGAGGCUGGGACGAGGGUGUUCCUCAAAUGCAGGUUGGCGAGAAGGCCACCCUGGACAUUAGCAGCGAUUUUGGAUACGGUGCUCGCGGUUUCCCAGGUCACAUCCCCGCCGGGGCCGACCUGAUUUUCGAUGUUGAGCUCAAGAACGUCAAAUAG